GCCCGUCUUCAACGAGGUGCUCGCAAAGCACAAUGCGCCGCCGCUGCAGCGCUUUAUGUUUCGCGUCGAGGCGCUCGACGACUUUGUAAAGGAGGCAUACCGCAUUCGCACCCACAUCACCAAGCUGCACACCGACCUCAAGUCGAUACGCCAGAGCUAUCUCUCCACGGCCAAUCCGCCGCGCCGGAAACAGCUGGCGCGGACAAACACGGCGACAGACAAGGACACCAAGUACCUGAGCGAUGCGCAGCGCAACGAGAUUGAUAUCCAGGCCAAGCAGUCAAUCCACCAGCUCAACGAUGCCAUCAAGCGGCUGGGCGUCGCCGAGCAGGCACGGCAGGCAGCCCAGAGCCAGCUGGCGCUGAGACGGCGGGCAAAGCAGGGACUGGGCGCGCUGGGGCGCUGGGCAGCCGGCGGGGCGAUUACGGCAAAGAGCCCAGAGGAGGAGAUUGAAGAGGCCAAGGCAAACACGAUCAAGGCGCACCGCGAGAGCAUCAUCUGGUCGCUGCAGAAGCAGCUCGAGCAGUGCGGGCGCUUCCAGAGCGACAUGAUGGAGAUACGCCUCACGCGCGAGGUGGAGAAGAGCAAGAGCGUGCUGUACAAGACGCGGACGACGGGGCCCAGCACAAUGGGCUACGGCACAGGAGCCGACUCGACCGACUACCGCGACAAGGCCUCGUACAGGCCCGACGAGACGGACGCAGUGAUUGAGCAGCAGCUGGACGCCGAGCAGCUGCAGCUGUUUGCGCAGGAGAACCAGGACAUGCUCAAGCAGUACGAGGACCAGCUGGACAAAGUGCGCGCCACGGAAAAAUCACUCACCGAGAUCUCGGAGCUGCAGUCGACGCUCGCCAGCAACCUCAGCAUGCAGGCGGCGCACAUUGACCAGCUGGUCGAGGACUCGCUCAACACUCGGGACAAUGUCGGGAGCGGCAACAAGGAGCUCAAGCGGGCGACGGAGCGCGGCAGCACGGCGCAAAAGGUGUUUUGGGCGACGAGCGUCUUCUGCGCGGGGCUGGUGCUGUGGGACCUGUUUGUGUGAGGGCGUGAUGGUGAUGAUGAUGAUGAUGAUGUUGUGGUGGUGGUGCAUAGAGACACCCAACAGGUGAAAGCAUCCAUGGCAGAGGCGGCGCCCCGUUAGUAUCCGGCGCCCGCUGAGUGGACCAGAUGGCUACAAGCAGCAAUGCUAGCCUGCUGUACCUGUGGGGGGGAAUUCCGGUAUGCUUGAAUCAGCCGUGGGCGCCCCACACCGGUUCACGACUAUUCUUCCGCAACCGUCGUCGGUCGCCAGGAGCAGCUUUUUUUAUACGGGGCAUGUGAGAGGAAGAAGCGCGCGCUGGCCCGUUGACAUCAUGGCCACACAUGUGCCUUGUGCCUUGUGCCUCGGCUUGCUCACACGGCCUGGGGGGCUACUUGGGCCAAAGUCUGACUACCACUACUGUACUUAUAUCCAACCCGUGCCCGUGCCGCCAC